AGUGGUCGUGGUGAAUGCCCUGCAUGUGAGACGGCCUGUCUGGCUGACAUGAUGGCGCGGUAACUUGUGCCUCGGCUUGCCUGCUCACACGACGCUGCGGCAGACCUUCCGAGCCUCAACUCUAUAUAACGAGCUGGCCGAGAGCCGUCGCCAUGUCUGCAUCUCUUGUUCAUCGUCUCGCGCCGGCCCUCCCGGUUCUCCGCAUCUCGUCUCCAAAAGCAAACUGCGGGGUUUAGCGUGGGCGGACGCGGCUUCCCUUUCCUAGGCAGGCAGCGGCAGCGGUGAAACGUAAACGUGGGAGAGCUCCUACGCCGUAAUCAUGCCCGACUCACUCACCUCUUCCUCCACUCCUCCCCAGACUUCCUCCAAGACACGCCUCUCCCAGAUCUCCUCCCACAUCGAACCCAUGGCUGCCACCGCUUUCGACGCGAAUGUCGUCCCCCAGGCGCCCGAAGACCCGCUCUUCGGGCUCAUGGCUGCCUUCCGUCGCGACGAGGACCCUAACAAGGUCGACCUGGGCAUUGGCGCUUACCGCGACGACAAUGCAAAGCCCUGGAUUCUGCCCGUCGUCAAGAAGGCCGACGACAGACUGCGCGACGACCCCAACCUCAACCACGAGUACCUCCCCAUCGCCGGUCUCGCCGAGUUCACAACCGCCUCCCAGAAGCUCGUGCUCGGUGGUGACAGCCCCGCCAUCAAGGAGAAGCGGGUCACCAGCUUGCAGACCAUCUCUGGCACCGGUGCCGUCCACUUGGGUGCCCUCUUCCUCGCCAAGUUCUACAAAACCCAGAGCCAGCGGACCGCCUACUUCUCGGACCCGACAUGGGCCAACCACUUCCAGAUCUUCUCCAACGUCGGCCUCGAAUACAAGACAUACCCCUACUUCUCCAAGAAGACCAAGGGCCUCGACUUCGAUGGCAUGAUCGGUGCCCUACAAGACGCGGCAGAGGGCAGCAUCAUCGUACUGCACGCUUGUGCUCACAAUCCCACCGGUGUCGACGCUACACAAGAGCAGUGGAAGAAGAUUGCCGACGUGAUCAAGUCAAAGAAGCACUUCCCUUUCUUCGACACCGCAUACCAGGGCUUCGCUUCAGGUGACCUUGCAACUGACGGCUGGGCAAUCCGCUACUUUGUCGAGCAGGGCUUCGAGCUCUGCAUUGCCCAGUCCUACGCAAAGAACUUUGGUCUGUACGGCGAGCGAGCAGGCUGCUUCCACUUCGUCACCUCUCCGUCAUCCGACGCCGAGUCCACCAUCAAGCGCAUCGCCUCACAGCUCGCCAUCCUCCAGCGCUCCGAGAUCUCAAAUCCUCCUGCCUACGGUGCCCGCAUCGCUUCGACCGUCCUCAACGACCCUCAGCUCUUCGCUGAAUGGGAAGACAAUCUCCGCACAAUGUCUGGUCGUAUAAAGGAGAUGCGCAAGGCGCUUCGUAGCAAGCUCGAGGACAUGGGCACACCCGGCACAUGGAACCACAUCACAGAGCAGAUUGGCAUGUUCAGCUUCACUGGCUUGACAGAGCAGCAGGUUCUGAAGAUCCGGGAAGACUCCCAUGUGUACAUGACCAAGAACGGUCGUAUCUCCAUGGCUGGCCUCAACACACACAACGUCGACUACUUUGCGAAGGCUGUCGAUAAGGUUGUGAGGGAAACACAGUAGAGUGGAGGGCUCGGGGGGCAUAGCACCUUGUAGAGGUCUUUCAGGAGUCUUGCUAGCCACGGCAAAGCCGAAACUGAAUGUGUUACGAUUAUGCGAGACGGCGACCAAGACGUACUGGUGGGAUAGAAUCUACCAUAGAUUAAUCCUCACCUCAUCCAGCGAAUCAGACUUCACUAUUGAACAUACAGACGUGAUGUCAUGUCUUUUCCCAUGGUCUAACACGUCAAAAGACUUUACGAGUACAUCGCU